ACUCGCAACAACAACAAAAACACAUGGUCGUCCCUUUAAAUGCGUAGUAUUUUUUUUAUUAAUUUAAAAACUGUGAUGAGAGGAGUCUACUACGUAACUAUAAAUUAAGAAAAUUCGUGCACAUUACUCGCGAGCACUGCAAUAAAGGGUGAUCAGCGCCGAUUUACAGCGUACAGCACCGUCAAUCGCCGAAAAAUCGAAAGUAGAUACAUAUAGGAGUGGUGACCCGAAUGACCGCUAAUUGAGCCAAUCAGUUCGUGUCCGUUGCGGAGGACCUCUUUUAACCGCUAUUAUUCUAUUGCAAAGGAUGCGGCUGAGCAGGGGCACCUUCCAGGCCGUGCUGAAGGGCAGAAAGCUGCUCGAGGCGCGGCAGCCGGCCUCCCUGAGGAAGGCCUACGCCACCAACCUGCCGGGCGAGGAUGGCUUCGACCCUGUGAAGCGGGCGGCCAGCGUGCUGAAGAGGGACAUCGUGCGGCUGCGCAAGCAGAUCGGCGACUUUUUCGGCUUGGAGCCGCUUUUCACGUCGCCGACCAGGGACAUCGACGAGCCGCACCACUUUUAUUCGUGGCAGUCGCACUGCGACGUCCUCAUCAUCGGCGGCGGCGUCGUCGGCUGCUCAAUCGCAUUUUUUCUGCUCGAGAACUUCCCCGGCUCCAUGAACGUCACCAUCCUCGAAAAGGACCCCACGUACAAGAGGGCGGCGACGACGUUGUCGUGCGGCGGAUUGCGGCAGCAGUUUUCGCUGGCGGAGAACGUGCAGAUGUCUCGGUUCGGCGCCGAGUUUCUGCGGCAGCUGCCGAAGCGGUGCGCCGUCGAGGGCCUCGACCCGCCUGACGUGCAGUUCCAUCCGACGGGCUACCUUUUCCUCGCCACCGAAGAGGGCGCCGAGCAGCUCGCCGCCAACCACGACCUCCAGCUGGAUCUGGGCGUGAAGAACGUGCUGCUGACGCGCGAGCAGCUGAAGGCGCGUUUUCCCUGGCUGAACACGAGUGACGUGGCGCUGGGCUGCCUCGGCCUGGAGAACGAGGGCUGGUUCGACCCGUGGUCGCUGCUCAACGCGCUCAGGACCAAGGCCAUCGCGCUCGGCGCCCACUACGUGCAGGGCGAGGCCGUCGGCUUCGAGACGCGCGAGCAGCCGGACGUGCUCAUCGCCGGCGCCGACAACUCCAAACCCUACCAGCGCCUCGACAAACUCGUCGUGCGGCUGGCAGACAGCGAGAGGCGCACCAUCAGCUUCGGACACUGCGUGCUGGCGAGCGGCGCCAGCUCUGGCGAGAUCGCCGCCAUGGCCAACAUCGGCAGCGGCGACGACAUGCUCGCCUUCCCCCUGCCCGUCGUGCCCAGGAAGCGGUACGUGUUCAACGUGCACUGCCCUGACGGCCCUGGCGUCGACCUGCCCUUCGUCAUCGACCCCACCGGCACCUACGUCAGGCGCGAGGGCUACGGCGGGCACUACAUUUGCGGCCGUUCGCCUCCGGAGGGCGUGCCCGAGCCGUCGACGGCCGACUUUGACGUGGACCCAGAGUUCUUCGAGGCGCACGUGUGGCCGCAGCUGGCGCACCGCAUCCCGGCCAUGCAGAAGCUCAAGGUGAAGAGCGCGUGGGCCGGCCACUACGACUACAACACCUUCGACCAGAACGGCAUCGUCGGCCCGCACCCCUACUACUACAACCUCACCUUCGCCACCGGAUUCAGCGGACACGGUCUGCAGCAGGCGCCGGCCGUGGGCCAGGCCGUGAUGGAGAUGCUGAUCGAAGGCAAGCUCAGCACGAUCGAUUUGUCGCGGUUCGCGUUCGACCGCGUGCUGCUGGACGAGCGAGUGCUCGAGCACAACAUAGUGUGACGCAGCAGCA